UUUUCACACCUCUUCUUAUGCCUAUAAAGUUGGAUUGUGUUCUUCAUCGUUCAUUGAAACGCCAAGCAACAAGAAAAAACCAUGAAGCCCAGCUACUCCAUUUUCAUAUUCAACCUUCUUCUCUUGCAGUAUCUAUCACCCCUUUGUCUUGCUCAGGAUUUCGAUUUCUUUUACUUUGUUCAGCAGUGGCCCGGAGCAUAUUGCAAUUCAAAGCAACACCGGUGCUGCUAUCCCAAAACAGGAAGGCCAUCUGCAGAUUUCGGGAUUCAUGGUCUCUGGCCUAAUUACAAAGAUGGAGGUUACCCAUCCAACUGCAAUUCCAACAGCGCUUUCGACCGAACCCAGAUCUCAGAAGCAUUAAGCAGCAUGCAAAAGGACUGGCCAUCAUUAAGCUGUCCCAGCAGCGAUGGGUUAAGAUUUUGGUCACACGAAUGGGAGAAACAUGGGACAUGCUCAGAGUCUGAACUCGACCAGAAAGAGUACUUCGAAGCAGCUAUCAAACUGAAGGAGAAGGCCAAUCUCCUCAACCUCCUUAAUGAUGCAGGAAUUGAAGCAAAUGACGAGUUUUACAGUUUGGAGAGUAUCAGAGAGGCGAUACGGAAAGGGGUUGGGUUUACUCCGGGGAUUCAAUGUAACAAGGAUUCAGGUGGGCACAGUCAACUGUACCAGGUUUAUUUAUGUGUGGAUACCUCUGGUUCUGAGUUCAUUAAAUGCCCUGUUCUUCCCAGGGGAAAAUGUUCUUCAAGUAUUCAAUUCCCCAAGUUCUAAAUUCCUUGUCAUUUCAUUCAUUAUGAAUAAACCACCAAUCAUUUGCUUCUAGUAAAAA